CGUUCUCUGUGCCCCAGCUCAUUGACAGCUCGGAGUGUGCGGUCAGCUCAGGACUUCGGAACUAGGGAAGAAAUCCUGCCAAAGAAGAUGAAGAAAAGCAGAGAAAGAUUCUGCAACAGAGAGAGGGAAUUUGUAUAUGAAUUCAAAGUAGGAAGUCAGUGCUUAGAACUGAGGGUGCCCCUCAAAUUUCCUAUUCAAGAGAAUGCCAGUCAUUUACAUGGGCGUCUGAUGCUGCUGCACAGUUUACCAUGCUUUAUAGAAAAAGACUUAAAAGAAGCUCUGAGCCAGUUUAUAGAAGAAGAAUCCCUCAGAGAUUAUGACAGAGAUGCCGAAGCAUCCCUGGAAGCUGUGAAAUCAGGUGAAGUAGAUUUACAUCAGCUGGCCGGUUCAUGGGCCAAAGCUUAUGCUGAGACCACGUUAGAGCAUGCAAGGCCUGAAGAGCCCAGCUGGGAUGAAGAUUUUGCAGAUGUGUACCAUGACCUAAUCCAUUCUCCAGCCUCUGAAACUCUCCUAAAUUUGGAACAUAAUUACUUUGUUAGUAUCUCAGAACUGAUUGGCGAAAGAGAUGUGGAGCUGAAAAAAUUACGAGAGAGACAAGGCAUUGAAAUGGAAAAAGUGAUGCAGGAAUUGGGUAAAUCACUGACAGAUCAAGAUGUAAAUUCACUGGCUGCUCAGCAUUUUGAAUCCCAGCAAGACUUAGAAAAUAAAUGGUCAAAUGAAUUAAAACAAUCAACUGCCAUCCAGAAGCAAGAAUAUCAGGAAUGGGUGAUAAAACUUCAUCAAGACCUAAAAAACCCUAACAACAGCUCCCUCAGUGAGGAAAUUAAAGUUCAACCAAGUCAGUUCAGAGAAUCUGUAGAAGCAAAUGGAAGGAUUUAUGAGGAGCAGAGAAAGUUGGAAGAAAGUUUUACCAUUCACUUAGGAGCCCAGUUGAAGACCAUGCAUAAUUUGAGAUUGCUGAGAGCAGAUAUGCUGGACUUCUGUAAGCACAAAAGAAAUCAUCGAAGUGGCGUGAAGCUCCAUCGACUCCAGACUGCCCUGUCACUUUAUUCCACGUCUCUGUGUGGCCUGGUUUUACUAGUAGAUAAUCGAAUCAAUUCAUAUAGUGGUAUUAAAAGAGAUUUUGCCACAGUUUGCCAAGAAUGUACUGACUUCCAUUUUCCCCGAAUUGAAGAGCAACUACAAGUUGUCCAGCAGGUGGUACUUUAUGCUAGAACCCAACGAAGGAGUAAGUUGAAAGAAUCACAUGAUUCUGGAAACCGAAAUGGAGGAAGUGAUGAUAAGGCUAAAAAUGCUGACAGAAACUACUUAAAUAUUUUACCUGGAGAAUUUUACAUUACACGGCAUUCUAAUCUCUCAGAAAUACAUGUUGCUUUCCACCUUUGUGUGGAUGACAAUGUGAAAUCGGGAAACAUCACUGCUCGAGAUCCGGCCAUUAUGGGACUCCGAAAUAUACUCAAGGUUUGCUGUACCCAUGACAUCACAACAAUAAGCAUACCUCUCUUACUGGUGCAUGAUAUGUCAGAGGAAAUGACUAUACCAUGGUGCUUAAGGAGAGCAGAACUUGUGUUUAAGUGUGUCAAAGGUUUCAUGAUGGAAAUGGCUUCAUGGGAUGGAGGAAUUUCCAGAACAGUACAGUUCCUAGUACCACAGAGUAUUUCUGAAGAAAUGUUUUAUCAACUUAGUAACAUGCUCCCCCAGAUCUUCCGAGUAUCGUCAACACUUACUCUGACAUCCAAGCACUAAAUCCUUAGAGACUGACACGUUGGCAGAAGAAGACUAUUAAACUUUCCAGGAACUUGAGCUGUGCUGGGAUUCUGUCAAGCAAAAGAUGCCCAGAAAGAGAACUUGUAAUCCAAGUCACAAAUCAAAUCAUGAUGUAGGUCUGUGAAACCUUCCAAAAAUUCAUAUACCAUAUAGUCUAGUGAUCAGCCUUUUACUUAUAUAUUUAUUCUGAAAAUUUCUUUAUGAAAAAAUCUUUUUUUCUACUGUUAUGCCCUGUCUAUGAAUAUUGGUAAGUUAAAACGUCCUAUAUAUCAUACCUGGACACUUGAUAUAGGAGAUUGUUAAUUGCAUUUUCAUGGAGACAUUUGACUUUUCCAAAAGGUUUGAGUCAUAUCAAGUGCAAGAUUUAAUUAACCAUAAAAAUAAAAUCUUUCCUUUACCUUAUUUGCCAAGCAAAAAUUAAAAGACACUGAGAUAUACAUUGCAAGUAUGGAUUUCUUGUGAAAAUCUUUGUAGAAACACAAACAUAUGAGACAAACUUUUAAAUUCUCCUUUUUCAAAAACUCUUAAGGUUUUAUAAGUCAGAAAAAAAAAUCAGGAAAGGACUUUGGAUUCUUUACCUCUGUCUCACCCUCUCUAUAUGACCUUGCCCUUGUCUAUUAAUAACACUUCAUGGGCUAGGAAAAUAGUAUGCUCAUUUGCAAGCCCAGUGGAAAGUUAGUCCAAACCAGCAGCUGGCAGGAUUUUAGUGUUCAUCAACAUUAUGACAGUCAGACAACAAAGAUCAUCUUUAUUUCUCCAUCCUGCUUCCUGCAUUCUCAACUUCCUUAACCAUUCUUCUACUUCCUGCAUUCCAUUGCUGAUAACUAUGUCCCCAUUUCUUUCUCUGCUCUUGUUUCCUCUCCUUUUUCAUCAUGUUUCCUACUUUCUCAGAUGAUGCAUAUCACUUACUUCUCCCAUCUGUAACACAUUUGCUAUGAGUUGUGACUACAUUAAACAAAGAUAUCUGUAAAAGCAAUAGUUUAAUCAUAUCCAAGUUGUAUGGAUGUUGUAACUGACCAAUGAAAUGAAAUGGAGGACCUUGACAUCAUGAGGAGGUGUUAUGGCCUGAUUCCAAGAAACAGAAAGCACUCUUGUUAGUGUACCUAAAUACCUAAAUGUAGUAACUUAUAGAAACUCUUUUGACACACAAAAUGCUUUCCCAUAACACAGAAUAUGUCUUGAUUUUCCAUGUCUUGAUGCAAGGAAGUGACUGUCCAAGUAACAACACUAAGGAGAACACCCACUCCAGACUGUGUCCAUUACACACUUACACUUUCCACAUGCUUUUCCAGGGAACCUGGAAGGUAGGAAUUCUGCUCUCACAGUGAGAAAUUGUCUUCCAGGCACCACUGUUAUCCUUGAGACUGAUUCUAAUGCAAAGCAAGGUAGACAGAGGUGGAAAAUAGGGGUGUGUUAGAGCAGUAUCAAAGACUACUUUAUUUUUUUUUAAAGAUUUAUUUAUUUAUUUAUUUGACAGAGAGAGAGAGAGACAGCGAGAGAGGGAACACAAGCAGAGGGGGUGGAAGAGGGAGAAGCAGGCCUCCCACCGAGCAGGGAGCCCGAUGCAGGGCUCGAUCCCAGGACCCUGGGAUCAUGACCUGAGCCAAAGGCAGACACUUAACAACUGAGCCACCCAGGCGCCCCAAAGACUACUUUAGAUCAUAAUAUAAAAGGUCAAGUUGGAGGUGGCUGUAGUUGGAUCAAUAUAAGACGUUCAAAAAGAGGAACUGAGAAUCUUUCCAUAGAGGUUCUGUAACUAGGUGGACAGCCAACAGCUAGGGGCAUAGCCAGAGGUGAGGGGGUAGGAGUAAGCGUUCACUCAUGGAAACUUGGUGAAUGCUGCUGCCCCGUCCUUCCUUUGCCACUAUAUAAUGUAGUGGCUUUCACUCCAGGGCAAUUAGAGGUAGUGUUUGGCCCAUGAAAUCAAGAUAAAUGUAUUAAAUAUCCUUUUUUUUUCACAUGGUACUGUAUUAUGAGAUAUACAGAGUGGUAAGAUUGGGAAAAUGCUUAUGAUGUUAUAUGAGGACAUACCAAACUCUGAGCUAGUAACAAAUAUAUAAUUCAAAGCACUAAUUAUAUGUAUGCAAGUGAUGGGAAUUUUAGUGAAGCAGUAGAUGAGGAAGUCUGGAAUUUUGUGUUUGGACCAGAAAAGGUGAGAUCAUGACCUUUUUCUGAGUGUUCUAGAGAGCUUCAUGGAGGGGAGUGGUUUGGGGCACUUCAUGAGUGAUAUGAAGAAGGUACCUUAGCAGGCUGAGACUAGAAGGGGCAUUCUAGGUCUAAGAUACAGAUAGGAACAGAAAUCAAAUGAAGGGAGGAACUGGUAAAUGGCCAGUAAGUUGAGAGAAGCUGACCACAACAGCCUUUUGGGAGUGGGGUAGGGGGCCUUAGUUCAAACAUUGGUGAGGAGUGUUCCAGUGAGCACGAAGCUUUCUAUUUGCAUAAACAGUUAAGUGUUCCUAAAACAGAUGACAAUAUGGUCCUCAAGGCCUUAAAAAUAUGCUUUGGAAAUCACGCAGGGGCAUUGAGCCUGCUGUGUCCAUUCCAUACUGCUCUGUUCGCCCCUUCCCCGAUUUUUGUUCUCAAAGCACAAAACCAAGCAAAGCUGUAACAUUGCCAUUGAUCAAGAAGUGUGGCACCAGCUGUUCUCAGCAUGACAGUGUGGCUGGAAUGGAAGAAAUGCAUGAAAAAGAAUUUCAACAGAAAAACAACUCAGUUUGCCUGGGAGUUGGCAGACCUCUUACUGGCACAGUACACACAUCCUUUGUGCCACUUUAGUUGGAGGCUGGCUCAUUCUCACAAGAAGAAAAAAUGUUCCACAAAGGAAAGAUGAAUUCACAGAAACAUUCCUAAUAUAGAGGCCCUAAGGAGAAUCAGCAGAGCUGUGCCGAAAGAAGAAACAAAACUUAAGAGAGUGGAAUCUUGGCUGUUUCUCAGUCUCCAGGUGAAAAGGAUUGCUUUUCUGUUACCCCGUUCUCCCAUUUAGAUGAAAUUGGACUGCUUUGCUCAAAAGGAGUUACAGCAGUGUAAAAAUCGUUCAGUUAUGAAAUAAAAAAUGUUUUACAACACCUAUUUACCAAAAGUACCAUGCAUUCAGAACCAUUUAGAUCAAUGUUUUUCUACCCUUUAACCAUCAAAGACCCUUUCCAUCAUCUUGAGCAUAUUUCUCUGAAAUGUCUUGAAAACUUUUACCUAGCAAACAAUUGAAGUAAAAAAAAAAGUAAUCUUUUUUGUUGUUAAAGACAUAUCUGUGGAGCUGAGUGAGUGUAUUAGCAAGCAAUACAUAGUGUUCCCACAUAGAUUAUCAUUGUAUGAUUCCCAUACAUAGUUUUUACACAUAAAAUACAUAGAAUUAUUGUGUAAUACCAGACAAAUUCACAAAAACAACCUUGCUAUUUUACUUAACCGGCAAGGUCUCAUCCCAGUGAAAUGUAUUUCAGAAAGAUUUUUUUUUUGUUUUUACUUUUGUAGUUUA